GCGAUAACAACAUUCCGGAAAAGGAUCCGCCCUCCCCUGGAAACGGCUGCAACCUGGCUCAAGCCGCCGCCAUUUCUUCGACGGAUUCUUCUUCUAUUUCUGGCACACUCGCCGCGAUGUGGACCACAUCUCGCCUGAGCCCUUUCGCGCUGCUCUUCGCUGCAGCCCUCGCGUCUACGCCGACGGAGGACGCGGACGAGGCGAGCUGCCUGGCGCUGCGCAGCAGCGCUGCGAGCAGACCGGAUCGCAGCAGCCCCGCGAGCAGGCUGGAAGCCAUGCGGGCUUUCGAGGCGUCCGUGGACAAGGUGAUCCAGGAGGCCUUCGCAAACGUCACUGGCCUCGGCUCGCAGCUGGCGCGUCCUGUGUUUGCGGACCCGUCGUGGAUUGUAUGCGCCAGCACGAACUGGGACGAUGUCAAGUCCAACGGGUCAGGAGCUGAUGAGAUGAACGAACUGCUGAACAUCUUAGCCUGCAACGCAGAGUACGCCGACGAUCCCACUUGCCACGCACUCGUCGCCAUCUACAAGGCCUCGGUUACGCUCACAGACACGUUUCCAGAGGGGCCCAAAUUCGCCAACUACCUCGUGUCCAAUUGGGGCGACUACCCGUCCUGGGAGGAGGGGGCCGUGACGAACGUCGUUCAAGAGAGCAUGCCUCCGUCGGCUAAGAUCAUCAGGGGGAACGGCUUGGUCAUGUAUGGAGUUUGCGAGGCCGUCCGCUCCGUACUUCUGGAAGUCCGAACCAGGUGGCCACUGGCACUUGUGGCUGGAUCUUCUCCCUGGGCACGCUCGCCGUUAAAGCGCCUGCGAAGGCGCUCAAGAUGGCGCUGCAGCUCACCUGGACUGGCAGAGCCACGCACCAGCUGAGCUUUCCUUGCGACUACGUCCUCAGCGACCAGUUCCCUGGUCUGGUUCCAUACCAAGGCGUUAGCGGAGUGUGGCGUCCGAAGCAGGCGGUCGAUUUCGACCUGAACUACUCCAGCACUUGUGGGGGCAACCCCGCAGAUUGUCUAGCAGCGUAUGGCAACCCUUUGAACCCCUUCGGAUUGGCGGGGAUGUGGAUCCAGUCGUUGAUCAGUGGGUACCUCCAGGAUUCCCUUGAACAGGAUUGCACCAACUCUUUGCCAGGGAUGUUCUACCCCGGCGAGAGUCCUGAGGAGCAUGCCCUCGUGAGUGCUCCCCAGAGCCAAAUGGAUCCCGAGACCAUGUGGAUGUGCAAUGCUGUUAUCGACCCUGUUGGCAAGGGUUGCACCCAACUCUUCAACCCGCAGGCGGCUUGUGCGAGUGUCGACGACGAUACCUGCAGGGACCUUGCGAUCCGCAACCCGAAGAUCCAUCCCGAAGACCCAAUGUCCCAGCAGGCACAGGUUACCCAAGCAAUAUUGAACAUCCCAUCGUUCACAGAGGAUAUGCUCUAUGAUGCUUGCGCCUCCGAGGUUGCAUUGUUGGGCAUCGACGCGGGGUCAAUUAAUGGUGGAAGCCCCGGAGGCAGGUGCGACCACGAAGUGGCUCUCGUAGCUUGCGACCAUGACGCAGACAACUACACAAUCUGGACCUGGGGGAUGAGGAAGUACCUGACGAGGGCAGACAUCUUCGAGCCUCGUUAUUCAUUGCAGGAUGCCGCCCAGAAGCUAGGGCUGUCCGAGGAAGGCCUGGCGAACUACACGAGCAACGCCAGCGUUUUCGGCGGCAUGUUUUGCACGGCGAUCCUCUCGGACGAUAUCACGUUCGCGACGCUGUGAGGCAGGCGUCGCCGCGGCAUGGGUCCGCAAUUUUUGGAGCCCUGGCGGCCAUGUCCUUAGCUGCCCUUUCUCAGUGCUUCUUAGAAGAGGACAAGGCACCCUUGCCGCUGCCCUUCUCUCGUUUUUUCGCCUCUUCUCGCGGCACUGCAACUCCGCUUCUUGCUCAUCAUCGCAAUUUGCUGUAACGAGUAGGCGCGUAGCUUUGCUGCACAAGGGCGGGCCUCCCAAGUGAGCCGCUCCUCCUUCCGCGCGAAGACCUGGUCAGCUCCCCGCCAGGCGUUUUGUCGCAAUCGGGGAAGCAUGUGAGACCUUCUGAGAGUUAUCGGUGAAACUCUCACCAGUUUUGAAGCCCUGGUCAGCUCCCCGCCAUGCGUUUUUUCCGCAAUCGGGGAAGCAUGCGAGACCUUCAGAGACUGAACUGGAUUGGAAAAGGCCGCGCCUAGACGGCGCAUCGGCAAAAACAAC